AUCCCACCCAACCUGCAACACACAACGGCAUUUUCCCAGUCUAUAUUCUUGAUUUCUGUGGUACCCUCACAGAAAACAGCAUAUACGAAGGGUACUGAAACAGGCUGGUGACCCAGAAUGGCCCCGUCACUCGAGGAGCCAACGGCAGCCUUCGAGGCGCCGUCGAAGAUGGCACCGAAUUUGGUCGCCCCCGAGCCAGAGCAUUGCCCUGGACCCGAGUCUGAGCAAGCAGGACAAGGUGACGCCUGCGCUGGCUGCCCGAACCAAUCCAUCUGCGCAUCUGCGCCCAAGGGCCCCGACCCCGAUAUCCCUAUCAUCACCGAACGCCUUUCGCAAAUCCGACACAAGAUCCUAGUACUCUCCGGUAAGGGUGGCGUUGGAAAAUCGACCUUUACCUCGCUCCUUGCCCACGCCUUCGCGUCCAACCCCGACUCGACCGUGUCCGUCAUGGAUACAGAUAUCUGCGGACCGUCGAUCCCCAAAAUGAUGGGCGUUGAGGCGGAGACGAUUCACGUGAGCAAUGCGGGAUGGAGUCCGGUGUGGGUUACGGAUAAUCUUGCGGCCAUGAGCGUGCAGUUCAUGCUGCCCAACCGGGACGAUGCGGUGAUUUGGAGGGGCCCGAAGAAGAACGGGCUCAUCAAGCAAUUCCUGAAGGAUGUCGACUGGGGGGAGAUGGACUACCUGAUCAUCGACACGCCGCCCGGAACGUCGGACGAGCACCUGUCCGUCAACUCGCUCCUCAAGGAAUCCGGGGUGGAUGGCGCGGUGGUUGUCACGACCCCGCAGGAGGUCUCGUUGCUGGAUGUCAGAAAGGAGAUUGACUUCUGCCGCAAAGCGGGGAUCCGAGUCUUGGGGUUGGUCGAGAACAUGUCGGGCUUCGUGUGCCAAUCGUGCAACACCGAGAGCCAGAUCUUCCGGGCUACCACGGGGGGCGGAAAGCGACUUGCCAAGAAGAUGGGCAUUCCUUUCCUAGGAGCGGUGCCUCUGGACCCCAGGGUUGGCAUGGCUUGUGACUAUGGCGAGAGCUUUGUGGACAGUUUCCCGGAUAGUCCGGCAUCAAAAGCGAUUAAGCAAGUUGUACGGUCGGUUGCACAGACAAUUGGCGAGGACCCGAACGAUGUGUUGCCGGAGGACAUGGUGUGAUACGUUGCUUUCACUUUUUUUUUUUCUUUCUUCCUUUCAUCUUCAGCGUGGAGCAUCGGGAUAGCAAGGUGGGGUUUCCUAGAAUCUUUUCGCGGGAAUGCCGGGCGUUUUGGCUUAGAGUCAUUUAGAUACCAGAUCUUUUCAACCAUUGUUUUCCGCACGGCCUUUUUGGUCUGCAUCCGGACUUGCUAUUUUUAUGCCCCAAGGCGUUCUUUGACUAGAUAAUCUCCGAU